UCCGGGGCGCGGGGACAGACGACAGGAGACGCCCGCGGCUCCGGGGCGAGAGGACAGGGAGCCGAGCUCCGGGAGCGCGUCGGAUCCGCCCAGCCCCGCCGAGCGCAGGAUGCGCGGACCCGGGCGCCCCCUCCUCGUGGGGCUGCUGCUCGUGCUGGGGGCGGCGGGGCCCGGCCAGGGGGUCGCGGAGCCCCGGGAGGCCGCGGACCCGCAGAGCCUGCUGCGGCUCAUCGUGGAGAUCGUCCAGGAGCUCAGGAAGUACCACUCGGGGGAGGCCAAGAGGCUGCAGCUCUCCGGCCGGCAGGACGACAGCCUGGGCCGCAGGGAGGUCGCGGACUACGGCGCUUACGCCGAGGAGCAGAGAGUGGAAAUUGUUCCUCGAGAUCUAAGGAUGAAAGACAAGUUUCUGAAACACCUUACAGGUCCCCUUUAUUUCAGCCCAAAGUGCAGCAAACACUUCCACAGACUUUACUACAACACCCGAGACUGCACCAUCCCCGCAUACUAUAAGAGAUGCGCCCGGCUUCUGACGCGGCUGGCUGUCAGCCCGCUGUGCGUGGACGGCUAAGUCCUGAACUGCAGCAGCAAACUCUUCACUGGCUGGGAACAACGACACAGGCCGUCAAGGGUUUCCCUGCAGCCUGAUGUCCUGGGGGCCGAGCACACAUCCAGGGUUAGCAGUGGGUUUUCCUCAUAAGCUGUGUCCAGACACCUUCCUUCUGCUGCCCUAACACUCGAGGCUGUCAGGGCAAAGCUGCAGGAUAAGAGUCCUCUUCCUACUGCAGAAGACAGCCUCGGCCUCUGCAGUGGGUCUUCCGAGGGUCUGGGCACAGGGCCCCCUGCUGUGACCUCAGAGCAGAGCCACUGGCUUCCUUCUCUCGUAAGCUAAUUUCUCACCUCCCCACCUCCCCCCCAAUCCCACUUCAUCGCCUGGACAUGCCCCUCAGGGAGGUGGAAGCCUGGGCUCUGGGGUAUUUUCAGAGAAACGGAGUCUUGAGAAACAAGGACCCAGCUCAUUCCAGAGUGCAGCCUCGUCGGAGCAGGCCAGGACAGCCCCAGGUCAGGGAGACCGAGUUCCUGAGGACAUGACCACAGACACACCAGCACUGGGCGCGGCUGGAUCCUCAGACCCCAAGGAGCCUGAGUCUGCAUCUCUGAUGCUGUUCACCCCUCUGGCCCUGGAGGCCCGUGGUGACCAAGUCACUGCCCACGAGAAACCCCAGCACCCUUUCUGGAGCAUGAGCACACGCAGACUGAAACCCCGCCUGUAAACACAUCGUAUUACCUGUAAUGCGUGUGCCGGUCCAGCAGAACUGAUGGGAAAGUGAGAGAAUGUGUUUGUUUCCAGCAGUGAGCAGAGCCGUAAAGGACCGACGGCCCAGGAACCUUGAGAAGUGCCUUGGAAACCAACAGGAACCAGAACCUGCUACCUUCCAAACACACCCUGUGAACCAGAGAUUUAUUUUUGCAGACAGCCUCUCCCGUAACUCCCUCACCUUGAGUUGUGUUUGUUGUUGGCACAGUGUGGACACACACCCAGUACGCUGGGGUACCUGACAGUAACACAAGAGGAGGCUCCACAUUUGCUGUGAAAUCUCUCAUUUUCCGGAUUAGGUGACAUCACAAAUAUUUCUUUAGAAACAUAAACAGAAUCAGUAAAAUCUGAAACUAUAUUUUCAUAUAGCAUAUGGUGUUAUUUAAUAUUUUUUAUUACUUUUAGAAUUAAAUUCCCAGAGUAUUAUUUGGAACUGCAUGAAAAACAAAAAUAAAAAGCUUUCAGCUGUGGAGAUAUUGGAGUGUAAACCUGUGAACCUAUUCAGGCUAAUUUCAUUUGUCCUUUGUUUAAUAAAUGUAAAAUAGUAUCCAGAUAUGUGCAAUAUGUAAAUACUGUAAAUAAAACGCAAGUAAUAAACACAGCGUUUG